AAACAUGAUGGAAGCUGAAUGAUGGGUGAUUCAAUGCCCUCUGAUCCAUCAGAAAUUGAUCAACUAGUUAGUCGUUAAAGAUGUGGAAUAUGAAGGAAGACGUUCAUCAAAUUCUCAUAAACAACAUGAACGACUAUGCUGGUGCUUCAGUAGUGAUUGCCGUAGGUUUAGCAGCAGUAUUGGUGAUGAUUUUCCAGUGGUAUCCGAAAGGGAGAAAAGGCAGUGAGAUUCCUGGCAAACUUGGCCUUCCUUUCCUUGGAGAGACAUUUGCUUUUCUUGCAGCUGUAAACAGCACCAGGGGUUGCUAUGACUUUGUGAGGCUUCGGAGAUUGAGGUACGGGAAAUGGUUCAAGACGAGAAUUUUAGGUAAAACUCACGUGUACGUUCCAAGUGUUGAGGGAGCAAAAACAGUGUUUGCAAAUGACUUUGUGAUGUUCAACAAAAGGUACCUGAAAUCAAUGGGAGACAUGGUGGGAAAGAAUAGCUUACUGUGUGUUCCUAAAGAGAUACAUGGAAGGAUGAGGCAUCUGCUGGCCGAUCCUUUCUCUAUGAAUUCCGUUUCAAAGUUUGUCCCCAAAUUCGACCGUGAGUUGUCUGAAAGACUCAAGAGAUUGGAGAACAGUGGGAAGAGCUUCAGAGUGCUUGAAUUCAGCAUGAAGGCUGCGUUUGAUGGGAUUUGCGACAUGUUGAUCAGCAUCACGGAUGCUUCUACGCUCGACCAACUCGAGCAUGAUAUCACAUGCGUUACUGAUGCGAUGUUGUCGUUUCCGCUUAUGAUUCCUGGCACAGGAUACUAUAGGGGCAUGAAGGCUCGCGAAAGGCUAAUAGAUACGUUCAAGGCGAAGAUUACCAAGAGACGGAAUGGAGAAGAAGUUUCUGAUGAUUUCCUGCAAUCCAUGUUGCAGAGAGACUCAUAUCCGCCCAACGAAAAGCUCGAUGAUGAAGAGAUUGUGGAUAACUUGUUGACGCUUAUAAUUGCUGGGCAGAGCACCACUGCAGCUGCCAUAAUGUGGUGUGUCAAGUUCUUGGAUGAGAACAAACAAGCCCAAGACAAGCUAAGAGAGGAACAGUUGCAAAUUCUUAGAAACAAACCUGCGGGAGCUUUGCUUAAAUAUGAUGAUCUGAUGAGCAUGUCUUACGGUUCAAAGGUUGUCAAAGAGACAUUGAGGAUGUCAAAUGUCUUGUUGUGGUAUCCUAGAGUUGCACUAGACAAUUGCACUAUUGAAGGCAAGUUCAGACUUCUGAACCAACCUAAAAAUGUGGCUUUAUUUUUGCUCUCUGAUUGUUCAUUGUUGUGGAUAACAUGUUUAGCGCUCGAUAUGUUUGUACCUGCAGGUUACGAGAUAAAGAAGGGAUGGAAUGUAAACAUUGACGCGACUCAAAUACAUUAUGAUCCGAACACGUACAAGGACCCCAUGCGCUUCAAUCCUUCCCGGUUUGAUGAAAUGCAAAAGCCAUAUAGUUACAUACCUUUCGGAUUAGGUCCUCGGACAUGCUUGGGUAUAAAUAUGGCAAAAGCUACGAUGCUGGUGUUUUUACAUCGACUAACUAGUGGCUACACGUGGACAGUUGAUGAUGAAGAUCUCAGCUUAGAAAGGAAAGCACACAUUCCCAGAUUGCGAAGCGGAUGCCCAAUCACAUUAACACGCCUGGACGAUACAUCUAUCACUAAUUCAUAGAUUUUCUACGAGUCAUUUGAGCAAUUAAUGAUUGUAGAUGUUCAGAUGUUUCAUGAUUGUAACAGAUGGUUUAGAUCUUUCUACUGGUUUAAUGACGUCUUGUUUCUACCGCAGAAAA